UAUCCGACCCACUGGAUCACAGCUCACAGCUCCCAGCACGAGGUUAGGAACCUGGUGUUUUGGUCCUGGUAACUUCUCAGAAUGCUACUGGUGUCUACAUGGCUCUGUGGGAAGAGCGUUGGUGUAAAAACAUUGGACAAAACCUGCAGAGUUUCCCAAAAAUGUUUGGGUGGGAUUUUCUCCAUGAAGAACAAAUCGUGUCAUCAGCAGUGUGACUCUGGGUCAUUUCUCUGCAGUCGGUCAGCACCUUCUUUGCCACAUUGCAAAGUCAUUAGAGAACUGUCAGACCAUGGCAUACAAUUAACCCUCCAUCAACAGGGUGAACCCAUUGCUGGGCCAAACUGUGAGCCUGUGUGGAGGUUCCACCCUGCGCUCAGCCCGUAGUUCCCUUUUUCAGUGCGUGCUUAUCUGACUUAUCUGCCAUCGCUUCUGGGGGAUCCCAUUUGUGCUUGAAAGGCAGCAGUUAUAAAGGAACCCCACGUGGAGAUGACCCAGGGGACGCUGAACAAACGGAGCAGGCUCUUCCCAGGACUUGUGAGAGUCCACAGGCUCUGUGAAAUGGUGACGAGGCACGUCUGCUGAUGCCUGGCCGUGCUCGUUCACCAUCCUGAGAUGAAGGCCAGCAGGAUGCAGGUGUGUCUGAUCCUCCUCUGGACAACCAACUCAGCUCAGCCAAACUCAGCCCAAGCUGCAGGAGUUCAGGUUUUCCCACCUGUAAACUUCACCCUUACAGUCUCUGCAUUAGCACAAGUCCUGCUACACUGGGAACCAAACCCUGACCAAGACCAAGAGAACUACACCAUCAGAUACGAUGUGAGGAUCCUCUGCCCUGUGCCUGAAGAGUAUGACACCGGGAAGACCCACAGCGUCCGAACGGUCGCGCUCCACAACGGCUUCUCCGCACGUGUCCGCACCUUGCUUCUCCAUGACGACCUUCAGAUGAGAAGUGAGUGGGUGAAGGAAAACCUCCCCCCUCUGCCAGGUGCUCCUGAGACAUCCAUCACCAAUCUGUCGUGUGUCACUCACAUCACCCUUUCUGGGGCUGUCUCGCUGCACUGCUCGUGGCUUCCUGGCCCAGGGGCACCACAAGACACCGAGUACUUCCUAUUUUACAGGUACAAGAACUACACCGAAGAGUGUCACAGCUAUGGCAGAGACAGGUGGGACAGGAACACCGAGUGCAGCUUUCCAGGGACUCACAUUGAUCCUGAGGAGGUUGAUGAUCUCAUAAUCCACGUUAAUGGGUCCAGCAAACGGGCUGCCAUCAAGCCUUUCCAGCAGCUAUUUAACCAGAAUGCCAUUGAGAAAGUGAAUAUUCCCAAAAAUAUCACUGUAUCCUUGGAGGGAAACGAUCUCCUGGCCACCUGGGAGAAGCCAAUUUCUCUUUUCCACGAGGAGUGUUUUGAAUAUGAAUUUUACCUCAUCAACCUGAAGUCAGGUAACAAGCAGAUCCUGAAAUUAUCCUCAAACAAAUUCCGCCUGAGAAUUGAUGUCACCAGCAGAUAUUCCAUCCAGAUCAGAGCCAAUCGUCACCCGUGGUGUGUGAGAGGAGUUUGGAGUGACUGGAGUGAAGUUAUUUAUGUUGGGCAAAACAAACUGGAGGGUUCUGUGUCCUGGAUUCUCACUGUGCUUUGUGUGUCCACGUCCUGCACGUUCCUGCUUGUCACUUUAAUAUGCAAAAUAAACCGUGUCUGGAGCAAACUGUUUCCACCAAUUCCAACACCCAGCAACAAAUUCCCAGAUCCCUUCCCAGUUGACUACGAGAGGGCACGGACCUGCACCAGCGACACGGAGACCGAGUUCAGCAGCCUGGCUGAGGAUCUUUACUGCAGAGCCCUGGAUGACUCUGUCUUCUGAGAGGCUGCUCCCUGUCACCUCCACGUGUCCACAUUCCCAACAGGAAGGAGGAGUU